AUGGGCGAAGGUACAAUGUCGCCAUCGACCAAUAUACUGCCAGAUGCUGGAAAGCCGGUUAUAAGAGAGAUGGGUACGUUGAACCUCGAAUAUAAGCUAGCUUCAGGCAUAAAGCUGAGUCUGACAACUCUCGGCUUAGAUACCGGGGAGAAACCGCCGAAUAGUGGCACUCUCGACGGCGAACCGACACAACAACCUAGCGAGUAUCCCCAGGGAAUCAUACUUGUGAUGGUCAUCGUGGCUCUCAUUAUGAUUAUAUUCCUGGUAUCCCUUGACCAGACUAUUGUGGCGACGGCAAUCCCCAAGAUUACAGAUGAGUUCCACAGCCUCAACCAAGUAGCGUGGUAUGGCUCUGCCUUCUUCCUGACACUUGGAGGCUUCCAGUCUACCUGGGGCAAGGUGUACAAGUAUUUCCCACUCAAGUACUCGUUACUGCUCUCGGUCUUCAUCUUCGAACUUGGCAGUCUGAUCUGCGGCGUCGCCCCGAGCUCCACGACCCUCAUUAUUGGGCGCGCAAUCGCCGGCCUGGGGGCGGCAGGCAUCAGCUCGGGUGCAUAUACUCUCGUAGGAUUCAUGGAACCGAAGAAGCGGCCGACACUCAUAGGACUCAUCGGCACAUCAUAUGGCGUCGCAGCUGCCAUAGGGCCCCUCAUCGGCGGAGCGCUCACUGAUAGGCUCUCGUGGCGCUGGUGCUUCUAUAUUAACCUGCCCAUCGGCGGAUUGUCUAUCCUCAUCAUCCUGUUCUUGUUACGCACGCCAAGUAGCGCCAAACCAGUGGAGGCCACUCUCAAGGAGAAAAUCCUUCAGAUGGACCUGGUUGGCACAGCCCUUGUUCUAGGUGCUGUUACAUCCUACCUAUUGGCCCUACAGUACGGCGGGCAGACCAAGCCGUGGGCCUCGAGUGAGGUAAUUGGUCUGCUUGUUGGUUUUGUGGUUCUUUUGGUCGCAUUCACCAUGUGGGAAUAUUUGCAGGGCGAGCGGGCUGUAUUGAUAUUGCGACUGAUGUGCUCUCGCUCAAUAUGGGUGAAUGCCCUGUAUGCUUUCUUCUUCGCCGGUGCAUACUACGUUGUCCUCUACUAUCUGCCCAUCUACUUCCAAAGCAUCGAAAACGCCAGCCCCAUGAGCUCAGGCAUUCGGAGCUUGCCGCUAGUCCUGACUUUCAGCAUAACCACCGCUGCCUUGGGCGCGAUCAUUUCGAUGACGCGCGUUGCGACCCCAAUCCUUGUUCCCGCCGCUGCCCUUGCAACCGUCACUGCGGGCCUCCUAUACACGCUAGAUAUUGGGACGGGAGAAAGCAAAUGGAUCGGCUAUCAGAUCCUUGGCGGUAUCGGCUGGGGUGGCGGCUUCCAAAUUCCCAUGACCGUGGCGCAGAGCAGAACAGCGCCAGGGGACCUGGCGUCCGUGACGGCUAUUAUAUUAGUCUUCCAAACCCUCGGGGGGGCCUUUUUUGUCGCAGCAGCCCAAGCCGCCUUCAUAAACCAGCUUGUCGUGCAAUUGCCUACUACGGCACCAGACAUCAACCCGGCCACAUUGAUCGCGACGGGGGCGACACAGCUUCGUGCCGUAUUUGACACAGCGCAAAUGCCGGGGAUCCUCGACACGUAUAUGGCGGCUAUAAAAGUCACAUUUGCUCUCGCUAUCGGUGGCGGCGUCGUUACGUUCAUAUUCAGCCUGUUUAGCAACUGGCGGAGGCUUGACACAGCUCCAAAGGGAGCUGUGGUCAUUGGGUAA